CCACGAUACAUGCCCAAGUGUCUUCCUCGCACUGGCUAUGGCUGGCUGGUCCGUCAAUCGAAGGCCAUCAAUGUCCUGGAGAGAGAAUAUAACCAGUGUUGUAAGGACAAAAAGAGUCAACAACGCUGUGCUGAAAAGAAGUGGAAGAAAAUGGUUGAUAAGUUUUGCAAAGAUGAGAAGAAAUCCAAAGGACAGCAGUUUGAGUGUUGUGGGAAGAAGAAGGGAGAAGAGCAGUACUCCUGUUUUGCAGCUUCUGCUCCAGAUCCACAAUAUAGAUCCACUGGUGGAGCACUCAGCACUACUGCUGCUCCUCCAACCCUCGAUACAUUAUGCGAGACACAUACAGCUCUGCAGAGCACGAAGGGUUUCCCAUUUUCUAUGGAUCAAAUGGUUGAACAGUGCUGCCCUCUAGUGUUACAAGAGAGACCUGAAUGGCUGAGGUAAGGCCAAGCUUGUUGG